AUGCUUGUGCCUCUGCGCACAGCCGCCCUCAUGUCUCGGCUUGUCCGAGCACGCAUGGGUGCCGCUCAUCUUGGGCCGAUCCGAACCCGUAUGGCUUUCGGUGAGGACGCGCGUGGCCCGGAAAUUCCAGUCGGAGCGAAGCUUGGGCACCCAGAAGAUCCGGAAACGCACACAUAUGACGGUGACUACAGAGGGAGCCCGAGCAAAGGAGAUUCACUGCUUCCUGACUACUGGUACCGACGCCCGUCGAUGGGACGAACAUACAUCGACCGCGUGAUCACCACCCUCAUCUCGGCAGCCAUGUGGUUCUGGUUCACCUACCAUAUGUACUAUCACUCCGGUCAUCUUUUCGGUCAUUGGUACAUGCCCUACCUCCACGAAUUCUCCGACGCCGAACUAGGAAUCCCCGCGGAUUCCGCAGCGGAUCCGGAGUACUGGGGCAACCACGGCAAGCCAGCCGGCACCUACCGA